GUGGCGAGAGACAGAGGCGAGGACAUCCGCCAACAAUACCUCCACAUCUGGAUCACAGCGUGCCCUCGUCCUUCAGCCGUUUUCGCCUGCUUUAUUUAAAUAACGCCAUUUGUUUACGCCGACUGGCUCGGACGCCAGUCGCCGACGUUUCGCAGACACCGAUUUGGAUCAAAGUUAGCUGGCGUUAGCUCGCGCUGCUGCUACCCUUCAAACAUUCAAGCGGCCACAUAAAGAUGCGGAGCAUCGAGGCUGAGAGCCCUGGGGUAUCUUUAAACGCUGCACGCAGGACACGACCUUCGACUGGCCGCUGACUGGACUCUGCAGAGUCGUCGAGGGGAAGAGAGAGGAGAGCGACAGAUCUCAAGGACCAGAUUGUCUGCUGAACUUUUUGUCUCUUUGAGUCAGCUCGCCGAGGACCAUGCUGAUCAUAUUGGCUGCUGGGUCCGUGUUCUUUCCGGGCCUUUUCCUUCUGUCCAAACAAUGCCUGAAGUCCAUCCCGGCACUGAGAUGGAGCGAAGGAGAUGCAGUCAUUGUAUCGGCCAGGUUGGUGUCAUCUAUUCAGGCAGUAAUGGCUUCGUCAGCUGGCUACAUCAUUGCUUCUUCCUGUGAGGACAUCAUUGAGGACCAGCACUGGCUGACCAGCACUUACAUCAUGUUUGCUGUUCCCUACUUCGUGUACGACAUCUACGCAAUGUUUAUGUGCUACUGGUACAAGCUGCGGGUCAAAGGGCACGAGGAGGCCUCAGCCGCCCCCCGGCACAUGAGCUCAGCGCUGACCAGCUACCUGCGUCGCGAGUUCCUCAUGGUGCUGCACCACGUUGUCAUGGUCACCGUCUGCUUCCCCGUGUCUGUGUUUUGGCGGCAAGGAAAGGGAGAUUAUUUCCAGGGAAUCAUGUUCAUGGCUGAACUCAGCACCCCGUCUGUCUGCUUAGGAAAAAUCCUCAUCCAGUACAAACAGCAACACACACUGCUGCACAAAGUGAAUGGGGCUCUUAUGCUGAUCACUUUUUUCAUCUUUCGAGUCCUACUCUUCCCUUACCUCUACUACGCAUAUGGAAGGUACGCAUCGAUUCCCUUCCACAUGGUUCCUCUGACGGUGCCAUGGCACUGUAACCUCGGCGCCGCUUUGCUCAUGGCGCCCCAGCUCUACUGGUUCUCGCUCAUCUGCAGGGGCGCCCUGCGAUUGUUCAUGGGCACCUCCCGUUCUCAGAGGCCGCGCACGGCCUCCGCUAAGGAGCAGACGGACAGCAGCACGCCGCCACAGCCCGCCAACGGCUACAGCACGCGCUCCACAGAGCCCGAGCUGACCACUCACUGAGACGAGCAGCAAGGAGGGGAGGGAAGGAGGGCGAAUGUAUCAACAAGUGUGUACAAAGGAAAGCAAGACUUAAAAAAAAACAAAAGUUCAGACGAUGACCUCAGAUUGUGCUGAAGUGUUUGUAGCCGGUGAACAACUAAAAGGCUCCUCUGACUUCAGCUUCUUAGUUUGUCGGAACCAAAUGGCGUGUUAGCGGCGCCCAGUAUUUACGAUGUCAUCAGGCACUGUGAAAGAUAGGAACAUGCUCUGACCUGAGAGGAGCUCGCCUGGGUUUUGAGCGAGCGUUGAAGGCUAUUCCCCUCAUGUAGAUGAAACACAGUCCUCUCUGCCUCAUUGUACAGGGAGAGCAGGAAAAUAGGAAUGUAUUAUAUUGUACGUUGGUAUGUUUGCUGUAGAUGAACGGCCUGAUUCAGUUUAGAUUCAACUCAAAAAAAAGAAAAGAAACAAAAAUAUCCCAGCUAAGCAGUAUUUUGACUUGUUAGUGUUUAUUAUCUGUAUCCUCUAUGUAGUCACUGUCACUCUAACAAAAUGUAACCAACCUGCAGACUGACUCAUCUUUAAUAGGGAGAUACCUUCAUGAUACUGUAUUCUGCUGCCUUAUCCCGUUUCCUUAUUUUUUGCCUUUUUUAUUUUAUUUAUUUCUACAUUUUUAUUUAUGUGUUUAUUGUUUUUGAGAGGAAGAGAGGACUUGUUAAAACAGUCAAAUGUGGUGGUUGUACAUAGCGGAUGUAAAAUUUUCCUUUUCACGUCAGUAUUACGUCACUUGGGAGUUUAUUUAUUUAUGUAUUGUCCAAAAAAGUAUUGGGCCACUGUGGUUACACAAAAAAAGAGAGAAAAAGAAAGAAAAUUAUUAUUAUUUUUAUUCUUAUUUAUUUAUUUAAAGGAUGGAUUUAAAAAAAAAUUACAAUUUGUGAGGAAAUCUUUCAAGUUUUAGGAGCAAUAGGAGCUCAGUGAUGCAGCCAGGUUGGUCCCACCGUACAAAAUGAAGCUGAACUGUUUUACAGGCUUGUUAAUUUUCAACUUUAAUGUCAAAGAAACGUCCCCUUUUUUCUCAUAAAUUUAAGCCUUGGGUCUUGAAGAGUUUUAUCCUUUUUUUUUCUUUCUUUUUUUUUUUUACUACAGCUGUCACAAACCUCUGCAUGUGAUGAUUAUAGACUUUUUAAAACGAUGCCAGUUAAGAUUUAAGACGACGUUUUACAGUGUAGUGUAUGCAAACUAACCCAGAAAGGUUUAGUUCUUGUUUUAUAUGUAGAUUUAAAUUCAUUCCAUUCACUGAUAUCACUUCUUUUUUUUUUUCCUUUUUCAUACAAAGUUCUGCACAUGAGUACUCACGCCAAACCCUACAGUGGUUUUGUUUUUAUGUUUUAGUUUGGUGCUGAUGUAAAUCUCACAAUAUCAGUUUGCUUGACGGGACGAUUUUCACAAAGGGAUAUUCAUAAGAUGUAUUUUUCGUUGUUUUUGUUCGGAAACUUUUAACAUUGAUGUUUAAAGAAAACCAAAAGUGUACAUUUAUCUUGCAGGAGGGCAUUUCCUUGUGACUGACAUGCAGCACUUUUGUCUAGUUUGUUUUUAUGUUAAUUUUCUAUCUGUAGAGUUCAUGAUUUAAACCUUUUUUUUUUUUCAGGUAAUGCCCCAGAUCGUUAAGCUGUUGUUGGAGCACUUGUGAACAAACUGGCUCACUUUUGUCACUUUAUGUUCAUGCAGCUACAGUGUUCUGGACACUGGUU